UGUGGCUAUCGUCCGGUUUCUUGCUUUGUGAAGGGCGGUCAGUAGGUGGCAGCACUGCGCUGAUUACGAACACGGAACGUUUACAACAUCGCCGUGUGUUGCUAAGGGUCAUAUUUUAGGACUGUACAGGCUUUUCAGCAACGACUAAAGAGUCAUACAUAGCUUCAUUCUGAUCAAGCCCGCAGUCAAGCAUGAAUGUGACCCAGGGGACGGUGGGCAGCGACCCGGUCAUUCUAGCCACGGCUGGAUAUGACCAUACUGUCCGGUUCUGGCAAGCCCACAGCGGAAUCUGCACCAGGACAGUCCAGCACCAGGACUCUCAAGUAAAUUCCCUUGAAGUCACACCUGACAGGAGUAUGAUUGCAGCUGCAGGUUAUCAACAUAUCCGCAUGUAUGACCUAAAUUCCAACAACCCCAACCCAGUGAUCAACUAUGAUGGAGUCAGUAAGAACAUCACAUCUGUGGGUUUUCAUGAAGAUGGACGCUGGAUGUACACAGGAGGAGAAGACUGUAUGGCUCGCAUAUGGGACCUGAGGUCAAGAAAUCUGCAGUGUCAGAGGAUCUUCCAAGUAAAUGCUCCAAUCAACUGUGUGUGCCUGCAUCCCAACCAGGCAGAGCUGAUUGUUGGAGACCAGAGCGGAGUGAUUCAUAUCUGGGAUCUCAAGACUGACCACAACGAACAGCUGAUUCCUGAGCCAGAGGUCUCAGUCAACUCAGUUCACAUUGACCCAGAUGCCAGUUACAUGGCAGCGGUCAACAGCUCGGGAAACUGUUACGUGUGGAAUCUUGCUGGAGGCAUUGGAGAUGAAGUAACUCAGCUCAUUCCCAAGACUAAGAUCCCUGCACAUAAGCGCUACUCCCUCCGCUGCAAGUUCAGCCCUGAUUCAACACUUCUGGCCACUUGCUCAGCAGAUCAGACCUGUAAAAUCUGGAGAACAUCCAAUUUCUCACUUAUGACUGAACUGAGCAUCAAGAGCAACAAUCCUGGAGAGACGUCCAGAGGCUGGAUGUGGGACUGUGCCUUCUCUGGAGACUCCCAGUAUAUUGUGACUGCUUCCUCAGACAACCUAGCUCGCCUGUGGUGUGUGGAAACCGGGGAGAUCAAGAGGGAAUACAGCGGUCACCAAAAGGCCGUGGUGUGUCUGGCUUUCAAUGACAGCGUGCUGGGCUGAGAAAGAGGAAGGAGGUGAGAGACAGUCACAGCAGAGGAGAAAUAAGGACAGAAAAGCAGACGACUCUUUAGAGGAAGUGACUCAUGUCUGUUGGCUUCACUGGAAACUUUUAAGUUUUCCCUGAAAUGUUCAUCUUGAGAACAUGGAGGCUUGUGUUUGAACAUAACGAUGGCUGUUCCUGCCAGAUUCUUGUAAGUGUUCAGGUUUUGAAAUUGGUACAGUUCUGGUGAAAAUACGUACAUGGUAGUAUUCAUCAACCAUCCUCUAAACUGUAACCUAUAUAUUUAUUGUACCAAAAGGACCAGAUUAUUCACAUUGUGUUUCAAUACACUGUUGAAUUGAUUAAUCAAAGUUAUAUUCCUUUUUUAAUUCACACCUAAAUUAGGAAAUGCUAACUGUGUACAGUAAAUGAUUCCAGAGUAAAGACGGGCUCCAAGUUUUUGCAUUUUGUCAGUUUUCUUCCUUUUCUCAGUUUAAUAAAGAAAAAUUAGCCAAAAAUACCCAAGUUAUUUAUUGGACAGAUCAAAACAAUGACAUUGCAAUAGGAAUGGUUAGACAUAAUUUCACUGCAGCAGUUGGUUACAGGAAAUACAAUCAGAGGCAUGUACAGUACAAAA